AUGCUGACUGCCGAGUUCUCCGGGUUGCCCGGUUUACCGAUGAGCAGCCUGGUAGCCGCCACCUGCCACAAUCAGCCCGGUCUGGCCGGCCCCGUCGCCCAGUUGCUCGGCAACUCGUCGACACCGUCCCAACCACAUGUCAUACCGGUCGAACAUCCACAUGCACAACCUCCGAUUGUAGGCAUAGCGUCUGAGUCUGGAGAUGAUAAGAGUCCUAAUUUCCCAGGGCCCGAAGUGGUACCUCAUGAUCUGGAAGGGCGGGCAUGUACCUCUUGCGGAGUCACCAACAGGCUCUCGAUCUCGGCGAAUGGCGCUAGUGACAACGGCAGAAGCAACCACACCGGCAGAAGUGGCAACCCAAGCCUCAAGGUCGACAGUCACAGCGGUUCAUCCCUAAGUCCGAGUGCCAUUCCAUACUCCCUGCCUCAGACCUAUUCUGUACCACCACAUGCAGUCGCUUCAGUCGGUCAAGAUGUACAACAACCCGGUAUCAGAGAGGCUGCCCCGGUGGACCAGUCAGCCUGUCUCACGGCCCGAUACGACCUAUUCUACCCGGCCGACUCCUACUACCUGCCCGGUGAGGAUCUGACGUACCGGCGAUCCGCUCUCUUCUCAUUAGAAACCGAGGGCAAAUCCAGACUGAUUGACUAUCCUCUGCCCCAGAACCCUUGGGCCAAAACGACGUCAGCCUGCACACCACUUCUUGCUUUUUCUGAGUCUACACUUCAUGAACAGACCUGCCUCAACGGUGACAACCAUUUCGCCCAAAUGGAACCACACCGAACAGACUGGGAGCACUCCGGUUGUCCGAGGUACUCUCACACCAAUGACCCGCAGUGUCCAUUUCUGCUGACCACCCUACCUCUUGAAGGGACCUUAAACAGCCCCAAACCUCACAUUAAUUCCGAAUCACACACGGCGGAGGCACUGGAUGCUGAUUCACUAAUGGGAGGAGACAGAUCCUAUAGCACUCCGAACACCACGAUCCCUGUUGAGUCAGCCAAGUUACCAAAAUCAUAUUCUCUUGAAAGUGGCCAGCCAGAUGGGCAACUAUCGACUUCGGACUGGCUUUCUCCAAGCCAGUUUCAUUUUACUUUUGCUGAACGGGGUCAUACUGGCUCGGACCUAUUUUUUCCAGGCCUUCCUCUUCCAACACUUUCAUGUGAAGAAGAAGCCUCUGAAUUUGACUCUUAUGCAGAGCGCAAAAGAUGUGGAUCAGGCGCCUUCCUUGGAAAGAGGUCACGUAGGCUAGCCAGCUUGGAGUCUGCUGCUCUUUAUACUCCAAUGUUGAGUGAGCAGGCCCCGAUAUCCACGGGCGAAGUUUUAGGAACUCGCACCAAUUUGGCCUCUUUCAAACCAGUUGAUGACAAAGACUUGGUUCGACGCUUCAUUCCUGCCUCAGAGAGCCACACUUUCCACCCCAAUUUCUCUCAUUUAACCACAACAGCUGGAGCAGGCAGUCAGUCCGCCCUUGACGCCUCAACGUCGAGAGGAUUGAAAAGCGCAUCUCAAUGGGAAUUAACAGACAGAUCAGGCCCGAUAGAAAGUUCUCAGAGAUUUGACCUCUGGGGCGGUCAAUCUCUGAUACAUGCCGGCUAUCCUGGAGCUAUACAGCAGACCUGCUCUACAACUAGCGAGAGUGAGGCUCAAAUUCAAGUCGGCUAUACAUCGCAAUCCCUGCUGCAUGUUCGAGAGCUACCUUCUCACUUGUUCACCAAGGCAACAGGCCCUUGGAUCCAUAGUGAUCAACAACUACAACACCAACAGCAGCAUCAACAGCACAUACAAUUGGAUCGGCAGGAGCGGAAUUCGUCUCUUUUUCAAUUCCCCGAGUUUUCCGCUUUUUCUGUCCCUUCUCCUCAGUCUGACCUGUUCGUCCAGGCCUCGAACUCACUCAUUUCCGAACGCUCCACGAUUCAACUGCAACGCAAUUCCCUGUCCACUCCAACUCAAACAGACCUGGUGCCCUUGUCUAGAAUAUUAACUGCUUCAACUUCUCAAUCAGAUUCCAUCGCCUACACCUCAAUGCCAAUUUCUAGUGUCCCGACAAUGUCUCAUUUAUCAAUUCCCUCUUCUUUAGCUUCUCUAGAGUCAAAGGAUCAGCAGACGGAAGUUGACUCUAGUCAGAAGAGUCUCAUGCUAUCAGGAAAGUCCGGCGACACUAAAGAGAAACAGAGAAUGGCAGCAGUUUCUGCCGAAUACUAUCAAACAUUUCAGGACCCUCAACAUCCUCCUCCAGCUUCUCUACCGCAUUCAAUAGUCUCGCCAAAUAUUUCUCCAGAACUCACUUCUUCUGGUUCUCACACGCUUAAACCAUAUUCCUGCUUGUCUGACCGGCAGACCAGGGACACAAAUGGCGAGAAAAUCACACCAUUUGGGGUUGGCGAACAUGAAUAUGCCAUAAAUGACUGGAGACUAAGCAACGCGAUUGGAAGAGGUGUACGUCGUGAUGACACCGAACCCUCUGUUGGUCAGGCAGCUGCUGCAGAUCCUACGGGUAGGUGCUUCCUUGGUGCAGGAAGGCAUUCUAGUCUUACAACUCAUAAAGACCCAGCCAACUAUCCUCUGGUCAGGAGAAGCAGUCUCUCAGGCCAGUCCUUCUAUAGUCCGCUUGAGGAGUCCUCCGAAGGUGAGAUCAUCAGGCGAUAUGGAGAAUAUUCUAGAGGAUUUAGGCUCAUAUUUGCGCAGUUUGCUAGCCGCAAAGCCCACUAUGUUGAGGUUAGCACAGUUGAACUCAUACACUCACUUUUGCGUUUCUAG